CCUCGUCCUCCAUAUUCUUUUGAUCAGUCUCAAAGGAUAUUUGACCCGUUCUUUGGUCGAGGACCCAGAGUGUCAGGCCUCCUCUUCACCACGUAGGCGGUCACCCUCCUCGUACAAAUUUACCUCUGGCCAGUAUUCGACGCUUCUCCUCUGCCCCAACCUUCAACAUGUCCAAUCAAAUACCACCAAAUCCAACUUCUCAAACAGUAGCAGCGCUGCUACCUAAGCUCCAUGAUGCCGAUCCUGACUAUCGAUUUAUGUCCUUGAACGAUCUCUUUCAAGUCCUUACUAUUGGAAAGCAAGACUUUCUUUACAAUGACUAUAACACCGCUGCCAAGACAGUGGAUGGCAUCCUCAAAACCUUGGACGAUCAAAAUGGCGAAGUCCAGAACUUAGCAAUCAAAUGUCUUUCCCCGCUUGUCACGAAGCUUCCUAGUAAUAUUCUGGCUCCUCUGAUCGAAAGGUUGUCAAACCUCAACACAGAAAACUCGGUCGACAAUUCUAUCCCGGCAAUGGCCCUUCGGACUGUCGUAAUAACAUUACCAAGGCCUAUAAGUGGUGUGCCACCAACGAAAGAGGUUGUGGAAGCAUAUUCAGCCAUUAGCAGGGUCCUGAUCCCCAGACUCGUGGGACGGCUUGUUGUUCCUAAGGCAACAAAGCUCCUCAAACUUCCUCCCCCGCCACCAGGGAUGCUUGAUCUUGAAUCAAACAAGGAGGUUGAUCCAGAGGCUGUGGAUGUUCUGAUUGAGGUGGUUAGAUGCUUUGGACCCAUGCUACAACAACAAGAGGUUGAGGCUCUCCAAUCUCUCCUCGUUAGCAUUCUGGAAACCGAUAGAGCAAGUUCGGUUGUGAAGAAGCGUGCAGUUGUUGCAGUAUCCAUCUUGGCCAUGUACCUUGCAGAUGAUGACCUCAGCGGUUUUGUUUCCCAACUCAUCGAAAGUCUCCGGAAUCCACACCUUACCCUGAUCCAAAGGCGUCUGUAUAUCACCAUACUCGGGUCUAUGGCUCGAUCUAUCCCUACCAGAUUUGGCCCUUAUCUGAAAACUCUCGCGCCUUUUGUCCUAUCAGCCUUGAGCGAAGAAGAGCUAUCAGAGCAACGUGAAAAUUCUUCAGAGGAUGGUGAACCGGAUCCCGAGAUGGAUGAUGUACGUGAGGCUGCUCUUGUAGCUUUGGAAGGAUUCCUCGCUUCUUGUGGCAGUGAGAUGCGGGCCUACACCGAGGAGAUAAUUGCUGCCGCCCUCCGUUUCCUCAAAUAUGACCCGAACUAUAACGAUGACGGUGAUGAGGAGAUGGGUGGAACUCAAUCAGAGGAAGACGAUAUGGAUGAUUUCGAUGAGGAUGACGACUUUGAGGUGGAUGGUGGAUUCGAUGAUGACGAUGAUGAUGCUAGCUGGAAAGUCCGACGGUGUGCAGCAAAGACCCUCUACACGCUUAUCUCAACGCGCGGAAGUGGUGACUUGCUUGAAGAUGGAACGCUGUACUCGCAAGUUGCCCCAGUACUCGUGCAGAGGUUCAUUGAGCGAGAAGAGAAUGUCCGUCUGGAAGUCAUUGCAACAAUGUCUUCCCUAGUCCGAAAGACUGGGGAAGGUGUGCUCGUCAACUUAUCAGCCGAUGAUGGAGCAGAUUAUAUUAACCAUGUUCCUCAGAGCCGGAAGCGAAGGCGGGAGAGUAGCAGCACUGGGAAUUUCGAUACCAAGACAUUACCAUCAAUGUCCGCCGGCCUCACCUCGCCCACUGUUGAGCCAGUUCCACAGUCGGGCCCUAGAGCAGAUCUGUCACGGCUGAGCCCUGCAAUCAUCAAGGGAGCAACAAAGCUCUUGAAAAGCAGUUCAAUACCAUCAAAACAAGCCAUUGUCAACCUUCUAGAUGAGAUGAUCUCCGUUCAAAACGGUGGCUUGUCUGAAUUCUUCGCUCAGAUCAUCGAUCCCAUUAUUGAUGCUAUCAAGUCAUCAUCUGGCUCUACAGGAUCUUCGGGCACCAUCGGAAAUAAUGGAGCUACUUCCGCAACUGUUAAUACCUUGCGAAUAGCUGCACUUCGCUUAAUUGGUGAUAUAUUCAAAACACAUCCCUCUAGCGUUUUACAACCGUUUCUGCCAAAGAUUGUACCCGGUGUUGUAUCGGCUGUCAACGAUAAGUACUAUAAGAUCUCCGGCGAAGCUAUUGGUACUGUUGAACAGCUCUUAAAGGCUUUGACACCACCACGUUCAAAAUUGAUGGAUCAGAAUCAUCAAGCAGAUCUUCAAAAACUGUAUCAGGUCGUCGUUAACAGGGUCUCUGCUACUGAUGCCGAUUUGGAAGUCCGUCAACGUGCAAUUCAUGCUCUAGGUAUUUUAUUGGCCCGCACAGCAAGCCCUGAGGGUACCUCACUUCUACCAGCUGCCGACCGAACUACUGCGUUGAACAUUUUGAGCGACAGGUUGAAGAACGAGACGACCAGGCUUGCUGCAGUUCGAGCUAUUGACACCGUCGCGGCCUUGUCGACGACUACUGAUCAACUACAACCUGAAUGGAUUCGAGGAGUCUCUCUUGAACUAUCUGCACAGCUUCGGAAAGCCAACAGGUCGCUGCGCGGUGCCAGUCUUUCUGCGUUAAAAAAUCUUGUCGUUGCACCAGCAGCCAGUAGUUCUCUCGAUGUGCCAACAAUCGAAGGUCUGACCAGCGCUCUUCUCCCUCUUCUCACGACUGUUGACCUGCACCUCCUGGGUCCUGCACUACUUGUUCUCGCUGCUCUUGUCUCCGAUGAACCACAAGUUGUGGUCACGGAUCAAUUGAAUGUCGCCCUUUGUGGUUUAUUGACUUCUCCACUCAGUGGUGCUGUCCUCGAGGCUAUUCUUGCUCUAGUAACAAAUAUCGGUCGUAAAGCAGUCGGGCAGCAAUUGAUGGCCGGGCUCUUGAAAGAUGUCAGUAUCAACGGGGACCCCGCCGUCGUUGGCAAAGUCAUUGGCACCUUACUGGUGUAUGGAGGAUCGUCUGUCGGUGUUACCAUUGACAACUUCAUGGAAGAAUUGCACAAUCCUCAAUCUGAAGAUGCAAAACGGAGCCUGGCUCUUGCUGUCCUCGGCGAAGCGGGAUUGCGCUUGGGUGGAAAGUCGCCUUUAAAACCAUCAACCUUCACGGCACAAUUUGAUUCGCGAUCUGACAAAGUUCGCCUUGCAGCUGCAGUGGCCCUAGGCCGUGCUGGUGCUGGAAACAUUACAGUCUAUCUCCCUGAGAUCUUAUCUACAAUGGAUAAGGGUGGUAAUACUCAAUACUUACUUCUUCAUUCUGUUAAGGAGAUUCUGCAGCAAGCAAGUAAUAGUCUUGCCGACAUUAGCAAUUACACUAAAUCGAUCUGGAGCAGAUUACUUACUGCAUCCCAAGCUGAAGACAACAAGGCCGUAGGCGCGGAAUGCAUUGGUAGGCUUGCAAUUAUUGAUCCGAAGACCUAUAUGCCACAGUUGCAGUCUUACCUGCGCGACGAAACCCCGUCUAUCAGGGCUAUGGUCAUUCAAGCCAUUCGCUACACAUUGCCUGACAGUGACGAAACGUUCGAUGCAGUGCUCAAGACAACACUAAUUGAUAUGCUCAUUAUCAUGUUACGUGAUACUGAACUUGAAAACCGACGUCUUGCACUAACAACGUUGAACUCAGCUGCUCACAACAAACCUGAUCUUAUCAUUCCAAACCUUGGUCAAUUAUUACCUCUAGUGAUGAAGGAAUCGGUCGUCAAGCCUGAGCUGAUCCGAGAAGUUAUGAUGGGCCCCUUUAAACAUAAAGUUGACGAUGGCCUCGAAGUUCGAAAGAGUGCAUAUGAGACACUGUACUCAUUGAUGGAGACCGCAUUUUCAAGGAUCAACAUUCUCGACUUUUAUGAUCGCGUUAUCGCCGGUCUGAAGGAUGAACAUGAUAUUCGGGCCCUUUGCAAUCUCAUGCUGACCAAGCUCCUCGUGCUGGAUCCUGAUGAGACAUCAAGGCGUUUGGACUCUAUUGCAGAUUGCUUCCGAACUAUCCUAUCUACAAAACUAAAAGAAAAUGCCGUCAAGCAAGAGAUCGAGAAGCAAGAUGAGGCAAGCAAGAGUGUCCUCCGGGUCACAUUGCUGUUGCACGGCGCCAUUCCUGCAGCCAGUAGUGGCAUGGGCAUUCAUGGAAGCCAGCAUCAGACUUGGCGAAAUUACUGGGAGUGGGUUGAGAAAGAUUUCGAGUCACCCCUAAGGGCAUUGCGGGAUGAGAGCAAGGAACUCUCCUUCUGAUCGAUUGAGGUUUGCAAGGUUGUUAAACUUGUGAUAAUGAGACAUGGACAUGGGUGAGGCAGGAUGUUUAUAAACGACGGCCUGAACCGGGACUACAUCGCAUAGCUUGCGCUGGAUGGGCGUUUGACAGUUCCAAAACAUUGGGCUGCUUAGAUAAAUAAAAAUAUAUCUCAAAACCAGUAUGACU